AUGACGUCGUACUAUGCCGGCUGGGAGCCCGAGGGCCCGACCGUCAAGACGGAGAUUCCUGGCCCGAAGUCAAAGGAGGCGAUUGCAAAGCUGGACAAGGUCUUUGACACGAGGGCCUUGAACAUGCUCACCGAUUUCCAGAAGAGCUCUGGAAAUUACAUCGCCGAUCCGGACGGCAACGUCUUGCUAGACGUAUAUGCCCAGAUAGCCUCCAUUCCUCUCGGGUAUAACAACCCGGCUCUUGCCAAGGCUGCGCGGAGCGAUGAGAUGGUGAGCAGUCUCAUCAACCGUCCCGCCCUCGGCAACUUCCCUCCGCAUGACUGGGCGCAUGUCCUUGAAAGCGGUAUCCUCAGGGUCGCCCCCAAGGGCCUCAACCAGGUCUUUACCGCCAUGGCCGGGUCGGAUGCCAACGAGACCGCCUACAAGGCGGCCUUCAUGUGGCGACGGCAACACGACCGCGGCGGGCCCAACGUCGAGUUCACCGAGGAGGAGAUGGCGAGCGCGAUGAACAACGCCGAGCCCGGCGCCUCGCAGCAUCUCAGCAUCAUGAGCUUCAAGUCGGCCUUCCACGGGCGCCUGUUCGGCAGCCUGAGCACGACACGCAGCAAGCCGAUCCACAAGCUCGACAUCCCCGCCUUCGACUGGCCGCAGGCCACGUUCCCGCAGCUCAAGUACCCGCUGGAGCAGCACGCCGAGGAGAACGCCGCGGCGGAGAAGGCGUCGCUCGACGAGGUCGAGCACCUGAUCCUCAACUACCACAUCCCGCCCUGCGCCGUCGUCGUCGAGCCCAUCCAGUCCGAGGGCGGCGACAACCACGCGUCGCCGGCCUUCUUCCGCGGCCUCCGCGCCGUCACCCGCAAGCACGGCGUGCUCCUGAUCGUCGACGAGGUGCAGACCGGCCUGGGCGCCACGGGCAAGUUCUGGGCCCACGAGCACUGGGACCUGUCCGACCCGCCGGACAUGGUCACCUUCAGCAAGAAGGCCCAGACCGCCGGCUACUACUACGGCAACCCGGAGCUGCGGCCCAACAAGCCGUACCGCCAGUUCAACACGUGGAUGGGCGACCCGGCGCGGGCGCUCCUCUUCCGCGCCAUCGUCGACGAGGUCGAGCGCCUCGACCUGGUCUCGCGCACCGCCGCCGUCGGCGACUACCUGUUCGGCCGGCUCGAGGGCCUCGCGGCCAGGUUCCCCGACGAGUUCCGCAACCUGCGCGGCAAGGGGGCCGGCACCUUCAUCGCCUUCGACAGCCCGCGCCGCGACGAGUUCCUUCGCCGCGCAAAGGCGCUCGGCGUCAACGUCGGGGGCAGCGGCGUGAGCGCCGUCCGGCUCAGGCCCAUGCUCAUCUUCCAGGAGAGCCACGCCGAUAUACUGCUGAAGGUGUUUGAGAAGAUUGUUUCCACGUGA